AUGCACGCAAAGUACUUCCCAGCAUUUCCUUCAUCACACAGACAUACGUGGUCCACUCUCUGUCGACCUUUUUCAUUUUCAAUCACGGCACCCAUCAUAUCCGAGGUUAUCUGCGUAGACGAGAAAGACCCCUGUUGGAAAUUUUCCAACUACAGUGAUAAUGCGUGCGAGCGCAUUGCUGGUAAUGGUCAUGCAGGUGCCGACAAAGCAACUUCGUCACAAACGCAUCCCUGUCCACAAACAAUACAAUGGAACUACCUACAGGAAACAUCAUAUGAGCAAAACUUUGAUUCCGCGGUGGACAUGACUGCAGUAACUCUCCGGUGUUACUUGCAGCGCCACGUACCAAGUAUGCAAGGAUUUACUCACUUAUCCCGCGGGAUACACAGACCGGGGAAAGGUAAGGUGAAUGGGACAGAAUGUUUCACACAACUAGGCUUGACU